AUGGCUCGAGAGCCUUUGGGCGGAGCUAAAAGUUUGUAUAAAGUUUCCGUGCUCUUGUCGAGCUCGUGCAGUCAAAUUCACGCCUUUACUCAAUCGUCAUCUUUCUUCAUUCGUUUGACAAAGAAAUUAUUCAAUAUUACUCAGAACUACGACGUUAUAAGCAUGAAAUUAAUACUAGUGACUGUGGCACUGGCAGCUUCGCUUCAGACAAUCUUGGCAGCAGAUCUUGAUGGAAUUCAAAAUGCUACUCCCAUUGGUAUUCCGUUGAAUAAUCCAAGUUUUGAAUUUGGUGGUCCGAGCAAUGGUGAUGCAGCACUGGAGGAAGGCCAUUUAGGUGGUUAUCGGCCACUUUAUCCACCGUAUUUCAACCGAAACAGCAACGAACAGCAACAGCAGUACUACGAUGAAGAGUAUUACAGUCGUGGCGGCCAAACCGGUAACUCUCCGGACUCUCGUCUCGAUCGGACCCUCAAAACUGGCGCUCCCGGACUCUCCGCAGGCCUCGCUCUCGGCAAACCUUCCAGCGAUGUGCAAGUCUACGUGGUCAAUCGUGAUUCACAAUCUCCGGGUCGAUCUGUAGUCCAGUUGCAGACUCAGCCUCCUAGCCAACUUGCAGUUCAGCCUCAACUUGGAUUGCCGGCUCAAAUUCAACCUCAGCUGGCCCAGAUACUAGCGCAAUACCAGCAGUAUGCCCAGCAAUUCUCCAACUUUCGAACUCAACACACUCAUUCGUACUUCUACAAUUUCAAAUUUCCCAGUUCCUAACCGCCGAUCCUAUUGAUUAUUUAGCUCAGAGCAAUUUCUCACAUUUGUCUCAAUUGUGGCUGCAUUUUAUAACCGAAUAACGACCGUUAGGUCGUAUAGUCUAGUCGUUUUACGACUAUCAAUUACGUUUGUAUUAUCAUUUGUAGUUGACUACCUUCUCAUUUUGUUAUGUUUUCUUAUAUUUUUUAAGUGUACAUUACAUCUCAUGUGUUUCUUCGUUUAAAACAAUAUGUACAGUUAUUAAACUUCUGUUUUCCGUGGAUAAAAAUACACGUGUAUUUUGUAAUAUUGCCCAUUUACACGUACGUUUGCUCAGCUUUCAACAACUAUCUAGCUUUUCAACAUAUUUGUUAUAUAUAAGUUGGAUAAACAUUUAAUUCUACUGUAA